CUGCAAGCGAGGUCCCACAUGUUUAACCCAUGGCAAUGUUUAGAAAUGGACUUAGUAAGGUUAUUAAAUUUGUAAAUAAUGUCAGCAGAGAGACGUAUAUCGUAGCUAUUUUGACUGUCUUCAGCUGUGGUACACUGUCCACUUAUUAUGCUUGGACUCGAAAGACAAGGAGGCAUUAUGCCAUGUUUAGUGACCAAAAUUAUUACAAAGAUGCAGUAGAAAUAUUAAAGGGCUAUACACCUGCUAUUUCUUACCUUGGAGAGCCUGUCACAGCGAAACCCCUGUCACCUUUUGACCCAGCCUCUGUAGUGGGGAAUGAAUUAAGUGUUGUGAUAAAGAUUCCUGUGCUUGGUCCUAAAGGGAAAGGACAUUUGUUUUCCUUUGCUAGCAGGGAGAAAGAAAACACAAAGUUCGAAAUUUACAGGUUAGAUUUUGAACAGUAUACAAAAGAAUACACUAAAAGGUGGACAUUUUAUAUAAAUAAAAACAAGUUGACUGAAGAAAUGGAAACAAAACAGACAGUUUUGGAUAAAGUGGAAGUUAAAGAGGAAUAAAUAAUUGAAGAUAGCAAGGAUAUGAAGGGGACAUCAUAUUUCCUUUUUUCAGAGGCAACAUAUUUAAAAAAAUUCCUCCAAGUAAACCUGUUGCAUUGUUCAUGCCCAUUAAUACAGUGUUUAUAAAAUGUUGAAUACAAUUAAA